AUAUAUAUUUAAAUUUGUAUUAAUAUGAUAAAAGAUAUCGACAAAUUUUUAAGUGAUUUAGAAAAAGGAGAAUUAGAAACUGCAGAUGGACUGCCCCAUUCUCAGAUGUACUCCCAAUUACUUGCUAUAUAUCUAUUUCAAAAUGAAUUAUGUUACGCUAAAUAUUUAUGGAAAAGAAUUCCAAUAAAUAUAAAAAAUAGUUGUUCUGAUGUAAGAAGUAUUUGGACUGUAGCACAAAAAAUGUGGCAACGUGAUUGGCCUGCAGUUCAUAUUGCUUUAAAUGUUGAAUGGAAUAAGAAUGUAGCAGACAUAAUGAAUGCAUUAAAAGAGCGAAUUCGAGAACGUGCUAUUAUUCUUAUUAGUGAAGCUUAUUCAUCCCUUGAUAUUACUACACUUGCAAAAAUGAUUGGACUAUCGCCAGAAGAAUCUCGAAAAAUAGCCAUAGAAAAAGGUUGGCAUGUUGUUGGAACAAUAAUAAAGCCACAUAAAAUUUAUAAACAACAGACGUCGUCUACUGUAGAAGCAAUAACUGAAGAACAAUUAUAUAAAUUAACACAGUUUGUAUCUUUUUUAGAAAAUUAAAUUCAAAAUUAAG